GAAAAGGCCCCUCCCGCGCGCGCAGCCUGCGCCACACCUGUCCCAUUUGUGAACAGAAGCUGACAGGUGAACGGGAGACUCCGCCCUCCGAGCCAGUUUCAGGUGUUUUUUUAGGACCAUCUGUCGGCUGUCAAACCUCAUUCACUGCUGUCAGAUUCUGUCCGGACAUUGAGGCGCCGCAGCGGAGCGAACCAUGCCGUUCUUCAGACGCAACCAGGAGGAGUGGGUUCGGAUGACCCAGCGCACGCCGGGCAUCCUGAUCUUUGGUCUGGUCAUGGCUCCGUGCGGAUGGGUCCUAGACCUCACCGCCACCGUGGCGCCAAACUGGAGGACCCUCCAUGCCCUCCCAAACAGACCGGCGGACGACAUCAUGCAGCAAGGCAUCUGGGACAUCUGCUUGGCCACUGCGACCAGCAGCAGCACCGGCGGCACCGAUAGACCGUGCGGACAGGUGGACUCCCCGUACUUCGGGAAUAAGAUCAUCAACAUCGCGCAGGGCAUGAUGGUGGCCUCGCUCAUAGUGACUCUGGUCGGCCUGGCCGUGGCCAUCCCGGGGGUGCGCUGCUGGAGGGAGAACCCCAAUUGGACGGUGUCGGGCCUGGCGGGGCUCCUCAUUUUCUCCUCCGGGGUUCUGACCAUCAUCCCCAUCGCCUGGUACAACCACAUUUUCCAGAACCUGUCCUCGGUCACCACCUCCACUGACAUCCGCGUGGGCUACAGCAUCGUGCUGGGCUACAUCGGAAGCAUCUUUGAAAUCCUGGGGGGCGUCGUCAUGUUCAUCGGCAUGUGCCGUUGCUGCGGGGGGAAGAACCGGGGCGAGCGGCGCCUUAAAGACGUGGUGAACCGCGCCAACCGGCGCAACGACGCACAGAGAGAGCCGGAGAGGCGCGUGGACGUCCCGAGCCUCAGCCGCCCCAGGAGCAGCGAGGCCAGCAGCGUGGCCUACACCAACAAGAGCAUGGAUGAGUUGGAUGAUGUGUCCUUCCCCAGGGCCAAGAGCCCCGCUGCGCGUUCAGGAAACACCUCCUUCAACGGCAAACCCUAUGACGCGGAUCUAUGAGGGGCCUCCGAGGACGCACCGAACUUUACGCACAAGAGACCCCAAAGGCAUCACUGCCACUCUUGUAAAUGACUAUUCUAAACCAGAUCAAAUUUAACACAUUCAAAUCCUAUUUGAGUUUGUGAAAAUUAACUAUCAUUUUUAGUUUAAAAUACCUAAACUUUUAACAAUUGAAUAUAUGAGAGCAAAUAUUGAGACAUGUUGUUGCCACUUUUGGCCAUACAUAUACUUCUUUUUUGUUAUAACGGAUGCUGAACUCUUAAAAUGUUUUACUUUUCCCUCAUGUUUUUGUUCUUUUUGAAUGUACAGACAGUGUUUUUAUGCACUUUAGAGUUUUAAGUCAACAACAAGAUCCCCGCUGAAAGAAGCUUCCUCAAGUGAUCAAGCUUUUACUGUUUGCUCUGUGAAUAAUAAAUGGGAACCUCUGUUUACAAAGCA